CUUUGUCUCGUUCACUUCUCUCUUUCGAUUGUCACUCAACUCGUCACGACAACGCUCUGACCAAGAGCCACAUUCUCAUUUGUGAUCUCAAAGCCCCUCUACUUCUCUCUCCUCACUCUUUGUCCAGCCCCUGUCCGCCUCGUGAAGAGGGCCGGCCGACACCUCGCGAAAGGGGUGUAGCGCGUGUUCUCACCCGGCCCACACCCCACCCGCACUCUUGCACCCCACACAGCACAGCCACCACACACCAUGACGAUAACAUACAAGAAGCGGAAGAAUUUCAACAGGCGGUCGAACGAGACUGCCUCGGGGGGGGCAUUCCUCGUCUACGCGACCAAUCUCAAAGACUGGCAUGGAUGCAACGGCAGCUGGGACGGGUGGAUGGCCAAGGCCUUCACUAGAUCGCUGCCCAACCCUCUCGGCCAGCGCCUGUACAAGGAGUGGGAGUACGGCCCCAAGCAAACAUGGCCGGACAUGGUUGCCAUUGGACUCAACGAAGCGCGUUUUCUGGACAAGGAGGCCGAGGGCAAUGCCCAGUCCACCAUCUCCGAGGGUUCGACUGGCGCGAGAUCGGCCAACCACAGGCCCAGAGGGCCGAAGCGCCAGAGACAGCUCAAGCUGGAGCGCUUGGCUUGGCCUGGUAAUCCCGAUCACAGUGGAGUGCCUCCGACCGACGCACCACGCGAAGCGAUGCUCGAAACUGGGCCGGUCCACACCGGCACAGGCAUUCGCCCUUGGGGGUCGUCGACCUUCUUCGUCUCCCAGUACGGGACACAUUCGAUCGUAAACAAUGGUGGUCUCCUCAUCAACAUGACGCGGCUCGACCCUCCAGCGCUGUUCGCACCACCUGGCGCGGAGGACCAUCCCGAGGCAAGAUUAAUCAAGGCUACUCACGUCGGGUUACUCGUGCUCCGCCGUUCAAGUGGCAUCAACAUCAGCAUUCCCGAGGUCUACCUGUGCCCAAAGGCGAGCAACAAUCUCCUCGGCACCAAUGCGAUGACGCGUGGCAAGUUUAGCUACGACCCCGACGCCCAUUUCCUCACCCACGGGCCGAGCAAGACGCGCUUCCUCAUCGACGACGCCUACCGCAGCUUCAUACUCCCCCACUAUGGCCCAGGGAUGUGUCACCCCGUCGAGGUGGAGGACGGUGUGAGCUACUGCCUCGAUGUGUGCAAGGUCGACCCGAUUGCCGAGGAGGAUUCGAGGGCUCUCUCGCCGACGCCCGAGCUGAACGAGAUCGACGAGAUCUUCGAAGUGGACUAA